AGUGCGAGAAGUGUCAGAAGUCUCGUACUUCUUUGCCAAGCGCGAUGCUUGUCUCAAGUUUUCUGCACUAUUCGCUCGAAUAUCUCGAAAGAAUUGCUUUAUUCGCGCGAUAGAAUAUCGUGUUAAAUGAAACCACAGAUAUCUUUAGUAUUAGAUAUCUGUGAAUGAAACGCAAUUAGUUGUCGUGCAAUAUUAGUUGGCUCGCGUGAGAUACAGAACUCUCUCGAACAAGAACGAAUUUCGUCUCCAGUCCGUUGUGUCUGCAUGGACAUUCAUUCAAAGGACUCUCGCCGCUGUCGCGGGCUAUCAUAAGCUAUCAUGCUUGUGUGAAGUGCAAAUUGUACAAAAAUACGAUGUUGAAAGUGACGAAUUUAAGUAACGGACGAUAACAGGACAUUGUGAUACGUAAUUGUGUUUAUCAAAGUGCUUCUUCACGUAAUGUCCGUACGUGUUACGUCGUGGAAAGUUUAACACUCACGCGUUUCACUCGCGUUCGUAUCUGUGCAAUGUCAGAAGUUUUGAAUGAAGUAUCCAGGCAAUCACCAUUUAGGUAUGUGCAAUUUGAGAACAGCUAGCAGAAUAAGAUGUUAACAGAAUUUUGGCGAGACUGCGUAAGACUGCAUCCGUGGAGCAGCUCGUUAUCCACGACACGUUGUGAAAAUAUUACUUUCGCGAUGUCCACCGCUAAGGAAUUGAUAGCGGAUUUGCCGAAGGGACCGCUGGAUGCAUACAGGAAACGAGCAACGUUUGACUGGAAGUCAUUUAAGUUGACUUUAGAGGGAAAAGAUUGCGUGCUGUAUCAGGAAAACGUAUGGAAAGUUAUCAAGAACCACCCAGCAUUUCAAAGGCUAACGGACCCAAAGAGUUUAGAUGAAAUAAGAAGGCGUUGUAACAGUCAAAUGCAUGCACUUCGUGAAAAUGGCAUAAAUCUAAUAACAGAUGGUGAGAAUGCCUAUUACAUUUAUCAAUACGAUGGGUCGAUAGGGGUAAAAGGGAAUAUUACCUUAGGAAUGGUACCAACUAGUAUAUUCUCACUGGGUACCGAUCAACAUUUACCUCUCAUAACAGAAUUUUACAGUGGAAAUUAUAUCGGUUGUUUUGCGAUGACUGAAAUUUCUCAUGGAACCAAUGUGAAAGGCAUGCGAACUAGAGCAACAUAUGACGUAGCAACGAAAAGUUUUAUCUUUCAUACACCUGAUUUUGAGGCUGCAAAAUGUUGGGUAGGUGGUUUAGGAAAAUGUGCAACACACGCCAUCGUAUUUGCAAAGUUAAUUACACCGGAUGGAGUAAGCCAUGGCUUGCACUUUUUUGUCGUGCCAAUUCGCGAUCUAAAGACUCAUCUACCUUUCCCUGGUGUAACCAUUGGUGAUAUGGGUGAAAAGAUAGGCCUUAAUGAAGUAGACAAUGGAUUUCUAAUAUUUAAUAAUUACUCUGUACCACGUAUCUGUCUGUUAAAUCGCAACGCGGAUGUCAGCGAAGAUGGAAAGUAUGUUCCUUCUAUAAAGGAUGAACGAAAAAGAUAUGGCUCGUCUUUGGAUGGACUUACAAUAAGUCGUGUAAGCAUUACUACGAUAUGUGCUCAUUAUAUGACCAUUGCAAUAACGAUUGCCAUACGUUACUCCGCAGUUAGAAAACAAUUUGGCCCUACAGAGGAUAAGGAAUUACCGGUUAUAGAAUAUCAAACGCAACAAUGGCGAAUUAUUCCUCAUUUAGCCGAAACAUACGCACUAAAAAUAUUUUCAAUGACAUUGUACCAAAUACAUUCCGAUUUUAUGAUGAACCGCUUUCAAGAUGAAAAUGCAGAUUUGAUCGCUGAUACAGGAGUGGAGAUACACGCGUUAUCUUGUGCAACAAAGCCAUUGUGUGCAUGGAUUACUCGUGACGCGAUUCAGGAUUGCAGAGAAUCUUGUGGUGGGCAUGGGUACUUAAAAAUGUCACGUUUGGGUGACAUCAGAGCUCAAAACGAUGCAAAUUGUACGUAUGAGGGCGAAAACAACGUACUUAUUCAACAAGCAAGUAUUUGGUUGUUAAAUCAAUGGGCUGCUGUGAUUAAAGGAGAACCUGUCAUAUCACCGCUUGGUUCUGCGGAUUUUCUUGUAAACGCAGAACAAAUACUUAGCAUUAAAUUUAAUCAAACUACAGUGGAAGGUGUACUGAAGCCUGAAAAUUUGCUCUUACUUUUUAAAUGGCUGGUUUGUUAUUAUUUGAAUAAGACAUAUCGACGUAUGAUGGAACUUAAAGCAACCGGAAUGUCUGAUUUUGAUGUAAAAAAUAAUAUCCAAACGUUUCUAGCACGAACAUUGUCUCUGGUAUAUGCAGAGCAUGUACUAAUGCUAUAUUUUAUCAAAUGUAUACAAGAUCCAAAAUGGAAACCAAACGAAAAAGAAGUACUGACAAAAUUGUGUUCUUUAUUCGGAGCGGUAACAUUGGAGAAGAGAUUGGGAGAUUUAUAUGGCGGUGGUUAUGCUUCCUCUAACAGUAACAUAGAUGAUCUUUUGCGGGAGGGAAUUAUAAUUCUGUGCAGAGACUUAGUCGACAAUGCUGUUGCUUUAGUUGACGUAUUGGCACCACCAGACUUUGUCCUUAAUUCUGCUCUAGGAAUGUCGGAUGGCGAGGUGUACAAACACAUGAAGGAGUGGAUGUUCGAAAACAAAGAAAACUUUGAACGUCCAUCGUGGUGGAAUGAAAUCCGAUCUAAAUUAUAAUAUUACAAGUGUAUUUACAAGGAAUUGUUCCCCUUAUAGUACACGCACAAACACACGCACGCGCGCGCGUUCUCGUGUUCAUGGAUUUAGAAUAUUAUCAAAAUGUAUGAUAACUUGAAAAAAAUAUUAUUCGGUCAAAAAUUUAUACAUAUUAAUAUUUAAAUAUUGAAAUAAUUUUUUAUCCAUUACAGCAAUUAGUGUUUCGAUUAUUUAUACAUUUCUAAUAUAACAAUUUUUAUGUGAUAAUUCUAAUGUUAUAAUUGAUGUUACCAUAUCACACAUUAUUUUUUAAUACACAAUUUGAAUAUAUACAUAUAUUAAUA